AUGGCUCAGACCGGCGAGUACUGGGUUUUGAGACCUUGGCGGAUCCCAACCUCCGUAACCAUUAUUCUUGCCGGAAUAUGCCUCUUCGCCUACUACCUCUAUGUUCGGCACUUUCCCAAACCUAUCCCGGGCGAUAUUCCUUACAACACCCAGUCGGCACGACGCCUUUGGGGCGACACCCUGGAAAUUCGGCGGUAUCAGAAAAUGGGGAAUUUCAGGCAGUUUUUCCACGAUCAUAACGCAAAGCUGCAUUCGCCUAUUUCCCAGGUCUUCAUGUUUCCAUACCCCAAGCCGUUUGUCUUAGUAACAGACUUUCGUGAAGCACAUGACAUUCUAUCAAAAAGGCAUCGAGAGUUUGAUCGGAGCAAGAGAAAUGCAGACAUUUUUGGAGUCAUUGGAGAAGAUUUCCAUCUUGCCAUGCAGUCUCGUGAUCCGCGGUUCAAGGGCAAUAAAGAGCUGCUGCGAGAUCUGAUGACGCCGGCCUUCCUCAAUGAAGUUUCUGCUGUGCAUAUUUACAACAUUGCCACAGUCUUGGUUGACAUGUGGGCUCUCAAAGCCGCCCAAGCUCAAGGCCAUCCCUUCUCCGCCCACGAGGACCUCCAUUACGUAGCGCUCGACAUUAUUCUGGCCGCAGCUUUUGGUAUUCCGCUCGAGGAGUCAGUAACGCAAAAGCAAUACGAGUUCUUACAGCUUCAGCCGCCCGCAACGCCUCCGCCAAACUCCAAGGAUGAACCGGUUGCCUACAACCGCACACCGGUACCGAAAUCUCGCAUCUCGCUGAUUGAGGUGACGGGGAGUGUGGUGGUUGCAUACAAAUCUCCAUUCCCGCGCCUCCAUCACUGGCUUUUGAGAAAGACGAUUUGGCGCCGCACAUUUGCUGAGAAGGAAGCAUUUAUUACGAAUGAAAUAAACAAGAGCGUUGAGAGAUUGAGCUCGGAGAAUAAGCAAAAGAGUCGUAUGCGCUGCGCCAUGGACAUGAUGCUUUUGAGGGAACUGGGCCAAGCGAAAAAGGAAAGCAGGACGCCAAACGUCAAUGCUCCCCGGAUCCGAGAUGAGCUGUUCGGCUACGUAGCAACUGGUCAUGACACUUCGUCCACAACGCUCUCGUGGAUCACAAAGAUGUUGGCCGACAACGCGUCUUCCCAGGCGAAACUUCGUCGCCAAUUGCACGUUGCCUUUGCCGAAGCCCAUGCAGAAAAGCGCCAGCCAACGGUGAUGGAAAUUAUCGAGAAGCCGGCGCCCUUUCUCGAUGCCUUUUUAGAGGAGUGUUUGCGUCUCACGAAAACGAUCCCCUCCAUUCUACGGGAGACUUUGACGGAUACAACCAUAUUAGGUCAUGCGGUUCCCAAGGGCACAGGCAUCAUGAUUUACAAUCAUGGACCCGGAGGGCAGCUGGAAUCUGGAUUCGAUAUCCCUGAGUCGGUCAGGUCGAGCACAUCGCAAGACUCGAAGGACCGCGUCGGUGAGUGGAACAAGGAUGACAUUGGACAAUUUCGGCCUGAGCGGUGGCUCCACGAAAAGCCCGGAGCUCAAGGUGAUGGAGGUGGCGAAGGCGAGUUCAACGGGCUCGAAUAUAACGCCUAUGCUGGACCUUUUCUGACCUUUGGUGGUGGCCCUCGAGGCUGUUUUGGAAAGAAAUUGGCGUACAUGGAGCUGAGAAUCGUGUUGGCCAUGCUUGUUUGGAAUUUCGUAUUUGAGGCGUGUCCUGCGGAACUCAGCUCGUACGAGGGUAUUGACACGGCAACUGUGGUGCCAAAGCAAUGCUACGUGAGGUUAAAACAGCUGAUUUGA